AUGGAGGCUGCCGCGGUCUCCGCUGCAACCGUGGCGGGGCCCUCCAACGAGGUCUCCACCCCAUAUGAAGAAGAUGUGCGGCAUGGACACGCCCACUUCGCAAUCACAGCUUCUCAGGUCCCCAAACCCACCGUCAGCAUGCCGCCCAUGCCAACACCAAACCACUCGCCCGAGAUGAGCGUCAAGGACUUGAAGAGUUCUGGCGCGCGAUUCCACGAGGACUGCCACGACAACGAGCUGCCGGGUCCACGGUUGAGGUCAAGUCGCAUGUUCAAGGGCAAGGAGCCGGUGACAGUGGAGCGGGAGAAGAAGAAGCCGCUGCGGCUGCUGGACCUCCCUGUGGACAUUCUCAAGGACAUCGUCAAGGAGGUCACGCAUACCAAUGACUUGACUUCGCUCGCGCUCUGCCACAGCGCGCUGCAUCGUCUCACCACGCCCCACAUCUACUCGCGAUUUGACAUUGUGUGGCCGGACAGCAGCACGCAUGCAGAGCCCAGAUCUGGCGUGGACGCGCUGACAUAUGGACUCGCGACCCUGGUAAUGGCCGAGGAGAUAUUUGGGGAAGCACCGAGCCAGCGACAACAGCAAGAUCAGCCAACAAAUCGGUUUAGCAAGACAGGGCACGGAAGAGCUACUGAGACUUCAAUUCGGAGAAGAAGAGGAAACCACUACGCUCAGUUCACAAAGAAGUUUUCGCUGGGGAACGGGCCUGCGGAUUGGGUACAGGAGUAUCUUAUCACGAAAGAAGGCGGAAAGAUGCUGGGAACGCUGGUUGCGAUAGCCGUGGCGCGCAUGCGAUCUUUGGAGACGUUCAUUUGGGACAUGCCAACUGGAAUCUUACGGGACGUUUGGCUGGCUCUGUCUUCCCUUGGUGACCGGGAUGGUGGGAAGCCCUGCAAGCUCGAAAAGGUCUGGGUGCGAUGGCAUGACAACACUUCGGCAGAGGCUGUCAACCCUGUCCCACCUCCGCUACCACUCAACAUCACCCCUGGGCCCCUUCAUCUCCAGCCUAUAGGUCUGCCAACCGCAUUGCCCCAAUACUACGCGGCUGCUUUGACACGUGUAGAACACCCGUCCUUCUCUGUCUUGCCACCUUUGAAGAGCCUCAGCGUACUGGACAUCGAUGAGCUGACCUAUCUUGACGAAAUGGCAGUGCUGAUUGGCAAGUCUGUGGAGAAGUUGAGAGAGCUGCGCGUGGGUCUUGCGAGGCACACAUUGACAAGAGAUUGGGUCAGAGUUUGGGAAGGCGAAAGCGUUCAACAGGUAGACCCAGAGCAUCCUGUUGCAGGAUCUCUGACCAUUGGAGAGAAGCGCUUAGGAGGCGUCUUGGGCACACUGACAGGCUUCGUCUACGACAUGCGGAGACCGCGAACUUCACUGCCCGACCGGACGCGCCAUCGAAGGCUUUCCAGCAGGGCACAGGUUGUCGAUCUGAAUUCGAGUCACAGCAGUGUACCUCAAUCACAGGCAGCCUCACCCGAGCCACUCGCUCCCCACACUACCGGCCUCACGAGCUUUCCGGACGUGAUAUCCGAAGCGCCUGGAAAUGAGCCGGAAUCACCGGGUUUCUCUCCCAUUGUUGGAAACUUACCCUACAUCAACAACGCUCUUGCCGUCAUGGAUGGCACCGCAACAAGCAUCAUCUCCGGGCCUGAGCCGCACGAAGUCUUUCCACCAUCUCCCACCGAAGGCGAGGCUAUACCACGAGAUUUUCUGGAUGACGAAACGCCGCCUCUGAGCAACGUUUUGGGUCUGGAGAGCUUGGAGCUUGAGCGGAUACCACUGUCUGUGCCCGUCCUCCAGAAAGUAAUUGAUUGGGGCCGACUUACCUCGAUCACACUGCUGCAUUGUCCGAACCACGAGCAGCUCUGGAAGACUCUUCGGAAGCAAUUUGCGCCAACGCCAAAAUCGCCCACCUAUCCUUCACCAAGACGCUCGACCAACACUCCCAAGAAAGGCAAACACGCGGCUGCCGACAUCGAGCUGGAGUACAAGCUGAAUUUAAAGAAAAUUCACACUAACACGGUGUCACCCGCACUGAUCACGUUCUUGAAGGAAACCUUGGCACCCAACAGCCUUGAAGUACUCUUUCUCCAAGAAGCUCGCAGCUAUACCUCGAACGUCCAGGUGGACGCUAUCUUUCGUGGUCCGAUACGGAGACAUCGUGGUAGCUUGAAAAAGCUCAUGAUCGAUAGUUCGGACAAGAAUCCGGAUGGUCUGCAUUCAAAUUCGAGUAGAUGGCGAAGGUGGAUGCUUAACCGUGAGGUCUUGGCAUUCAUUUGCAGUGGCAAGAUGGCAUCUUUACGCGAGUUGGGCAUGGCCAUCGACUAUCGAGACUGGGUAAGUUGUCUUCGUACUAGUCAUUCCUUCGGCCAUACUAACUCUCGCCGUAGCACUUCUUCCUCCAGCGUCUGCCGUCGGUACCCCAACUACGCUCCCUCUUUCUACCAUUCUUGGCCGACCACGUACAUGGUGCCAACGUGGACCCGCGCGAACUAGCACUCCAGAUCGUCGACAUCGUUGCCUUACGACCCGAAGUCGAACUCUGCUAUAUGGGCAUCGCCAACAAAUGCUUCGAAAUCCUCGAGAACGGUCGUCAGAGCUUCAGCGAACGCAGCGAAUCCGCUCUUGGCCAUAGCGUUCCUGUGGAGAUCCCGGCUAGUGACGACGGAGACGAUGAUGAAGAUGGAGAAGACGACGAAGAAGUGGACGAAGCGGAAGACGAAGUCGAAGAAGACGACACAGAAAGCGACGACGAUGAUGCCGAUGACGAGACCGAUUCCGAAGGGGAAGGAGAGGCCUUGGCGGAGAAGAUUGUGGGGAGACUGCGGUUGAGGGAGAUUCUGUUUUAUGAUGACAAGGUUGCUAUUUUCAAGGCGAGGCAUGGACGGUUGUAG